AUGGUGUACUCACCAACAUCUGUCUUUAAAACUGAAAAUAAACAUUAUGCAGAAAAUGAUGAACACCCCAAACCUGCGGCAAUUUAUCGACAAAACUCAACAAAUAUUUUACUUCAAGGGGCUGAGUUACCGAGAUUAGACCAUCAGUUGGGAAUAUUAUUAAAAGGAAAUGAUCAAGUUCCAUCUUUAGCUCCGCCAGUCGCAGAUCUCAGCUAUAAAGAGCUUGCUCUGAAGACCACUGUCGUGGAACACACAGCAGAGUUUGUGGAUAGUCAGAAAGUUAUUAAUGACCUUGAGGAACAAAACUCUAACUUGGUUGAGGAGAAAACAAAGCUUUCUGUGCAGCUUGGUGUCCAGACUAAGGUUUGAACAAAAAAAUAAUAACUAAUUGUUACCAGUAGUUAAAAAAUAUGUUUUCUGAACCCCAAGAUCAUGAUCAGGCCACUCUUUUUUGUUCCCUACUCUGAUGACAUAAGGAACAUAUUUUAUUUUUUAUCUUUAUUUGUUAUUGUACAAUUUCUUUGUCAAAUUUUACAGUGUGACCAAGAAAACCGUGAACACUUGAAAUAUUUCAGGAAUGUUUAUUGUGUUACGACCAAUCACAGCAAAGAUCAGGUCACGCCAACUAGCUACAAAACCACAAAAACUAAUUAAUAUUCUUGCGUGCAGUUUAGUUUCUCACACACAACUAGCUUUCAUCUUGCAACACAAUAACAUUGUAGAAAUAUUUCUGGUGUUCACAGUUUUCCCAGUUUGAUUGUAAAAAUGUUCUGCCAUAUAAAAGAGAAAAUGCCAAGUACAUGCACUUGUGAAGUAGCAGUUGAUGAGUAUAACAAAAACGUUUUUAGCAAGCAAAGAGUUAAAAGUGACAAAAAAAAGCAUCUGUAGUAAGUAGCAGACUUUUAAUUUUGUUGCAACGUAAGGUGUAAUUAUUUGCAUCACCGUGAGGUCCCAUCAGGGUAAAUGAAGACUGGUGUCACAGGGCUUGAAACAGCGACACAAGACUGGCAACAAAGUUGGAUUCAAACUGAACAUGAUACCAUGGAACACAACUGAUAAUACAAUAGACAUUUUUUCCUCCUUUUCAAAAUAAUGGUUUCAAUAGUGCGAAGUUUUUGAUAUCAAGCUACUUUUUUAUUCUCAAGUAAACAAAACUUCAUUUUCAUAUGGAAUGUUUUAAAUUUACACUUGACAAAGUCAUUUUGACACGUAAUAUCAAAGUCUCACUUAGUCUACAUUCACAUGGCACCAGGCAAAUUUUUAACCAGUUGAAAAUUUGUGCAUUUGGGUGUUCUGUUGACAUAGAACCACCUUGACCAUACCAAAACCUAAAUGCGUAGCCAUUCAAAGCUUGGUAUGAACUGAGCAAAAAUAUUGAACUGUCCCGUGUGAACUAAUAAUAUCGUCCCAGGGUUGUCUUUAAGAGAUGGGGGGCAGGGAUUUCCCCCGCUACUAUGAGCAUGGCCCCCAUCUACUUUCAAAUGAAAAUAGAAGAAAAAUAGAACCAGAAAAAACCUGUAGCUGUUUGAUCUCCCACCUACUUGUUGUAUUUACCCAGCAACUUGAAAUCUUAGUGACAACCCUGUUGUGCAGUCAUAUUUUUCAGCUGGUUGAAAAUUCAUCUUGUGCCAUGUGAAUGUAGCAUUAGUUUCUCAAGCAAAUACAAGGCAAAUUGGAAAGAGAACAAAAAGUUUGGUAGAAGUUAAUCAGAAGCUGACCCCUUUAAAGCUUUUUUCAUGCAUCCUUUCAUUUAUGCCUUUCAUCAAGGGAGGAAAAAAUUCAAAAAGAAAUUGUGAUGACAUCACAAGAGAAAGGUUUGUCUUCUUACACUAGGUAAUGAGAGGAAAGUCUUAAGGAAAGUGUUAAUAGGUCAUAAAUCUUUUUUUUUCUCUCUCUUCUGAACAGGUAAAUGCAGAGAUAAAGAGGUUACUAGUAGCAUCAGUUGGAGAAGAUAUUGGGCAAAGGUAUUUCAAAAUUCUAUAACUGAUUCUGUAGGUUGGGAAAAACAUAAAGAAAUAUUCACAAAUUAGAUGGAAACAUACAUUGUAGGUUUCAUUUGUUUGUGUUACGUUUUUUCAAAAAGAGUUUAUUUUUCAUUUUUGUCUCAGAACUGAGUACAUGGAUUUUCUGCCUCAGCUAUUGCAAACUGUAAUACUAAUUUUACAAAAUUUUGUUGUUCUUACAAACUGACAGGUUGGAAGACUUGGUCAAUAGAAAUGUCCAGCAAACUGUUGAACUCAAACACUGGAAAAAAAUGUGUGAAGAAUACUCUGAGGAGUCAGACAGGCUUGAGAUUGAAUGUGAUGUAUGGAGAACAAAAUUUCUUGCAAGCAGGUAAGAGUGGUGUUUUACCGUUUCAUUGCUUACAUGCAAGCUUCGCAUCUUGCUCAUCAGGAACAGUAAAAAGUUGUCAACCAAAAAAUACUGGUACUUGGAGUGAUCAACUCAGUCCUUUUUUUAUCGCCAGUGAAAAUCACACAUUAUUUUACCUAGUGUGUAUAAUCUUUAAAAAAAUUCUUCCAUAGUAAUAUUGUAUCCCUGCAGCGUUUACACCUUAGUUGUGGGUCCCACAUACAGGUGGAAGUUUUUUAUCUCAGCUCAAUGCUUUUGGCCCAAUUUCUCAUGCUUGGCAGAAAAAAUGUGAGCUAUCACAGCCUUAAAUGAUACAAUCUAAAAAGAAUUAUUAUGACAUCGGGGCUGAGUUGCUCAAAGCAUGGUUAGCUUUAACCAUUGGUUAAGCAGUAUCAAAACCAAUACGUUGUCAAGGUAUUAAACACUGGUUAACGCUAACCAUGCUUCAAGCAACUGGGCCCAGGGCUGUAACUUUAGAUUUCAAGUUGUCAGGUGUAUGCUGAUUUAAAGUAGGGAAUUGAACAGCUAGAAGGUUAGAUUGGAUCUGUUUCCCAUUUGUUUUCCUCUGAAGGUAGCCAGGGGUCUUUUUCUUAGUAGCCCAGGAAAAUCCCCAGCCCCCGGCCAAUAGUCACAGCCCUUUAACAUGAAAUAAACCUUAACCAAUCUUCAAGAAAAGAAGGGUCAAGUGAAUGAUCGCACUUUCCCAAAACCUCCGAAUGUUAGUAGGAAAGUCACUGUUGCUCAUUCCGAGAACUUCAGAACUCUUUUGAACGUCUUCAGAAAUCAUCAGAUGCCUAUUAAAGAAUAUAUUGAGAUCAUCUACAAAAAAUUGAGGAACCUGCAGAGCUUCUCAUGAGGAUGAAAAUCUAGUACAAGUUAACUCCCCUUUGGUACCAAAAUGUUAAAGUAAAACGUAGUGUUUUUGCCUUAAGAAUGAUGUCUGAUGAACUAUCAAGUUGGAAGGUAGCACUCUAUGCCAGAUACCGACAAGCACAGAGUGCUUUGCAGAGAUUGCUGGACGAGAGAGCUCAGCUGCAGCAGUACUUGAUUGAUACCAAGAGGCAAGUAACAAUUAAAAAAGCUUAAUUGGCUUCUAUUGACAUAAAUCGUAUGGGACCUACAUCCUUGCUUCAGCAUCUUCUUUAUCUUCACUGACAUCAUCAUCAUCAUCAUCACCAUGAUGAUACUAAUUUUAUGAUAAUAAACAGUUAUAAAUAAUAAUAAUUAUUAUAAUAGUAAUCAAUAAUAACAAUAUGAUUAUUAUAACUUUGCUAGUAAAUUGGCUUUAAAAAAAUAAGCACAAGCACAAGGAUCUGGAAAAAAAGAGAAAAUUUUUUUCGUUUAUUAUGGUGUUUGCUUUUAAAUUGUGCACAUGCAUCAGAAGCAUUCAUUUUCUUUUGAAACAAGACUCUUACACUUGCGCUUAUACUUACAUUGUCAGUGUAAACCAGACUUAAAUGGAUGGACAUCCUAAGUGAGGAUUUUAAUGAGUUCUUUUCAGUCAAAACUUGGACAUUUGGCCCUGAAAAGAAUUUUUCCUAGCCUAUGUUUUUAUUUUAUUCUAUUUUGUUAUUUUAUUUUUAAUAGAAAUGCAUCGAGCUGCUCUUAAUUAUGUGCUUAGUUAUUGUUUAAACAUUUAGCUAGUUUGUAUCUUUAAUUAAUGUGGUAGGUUCCCUGCUAGGGGAGGCCUCUUUUCCGCCGAAUACCAGGGAAAAGAGGUCUCUGCUAGAGGGAGGGUGGUAGGGCUGGGCUUUACAUAAAAAAGUGAGCUACUCCUUAUUGUCAUCUGUCGAUUUGUCCUGUAAGCUUAAGUUGAUUAGUCUCCCUCGCAGCCAUUUUUUUGUCAUCAUACAAUGCUCCUUGUUGGGGAACAUCAUUGCGUGAUGGGACAAAAACAGCUUGGGAGCCUGAGAUGAUAUGAGAUAUUGUUCUCUUUCCUUGUCAGUGAAAUUACAUACAGACACACGGUUAGAAAAAUUUAUCGGUGGGUUCAAGUUUUAAUUGAAGCACUUCUUUUAGUCUGCUACACAGUUGUUCUUUGUGUCAUCACACAACGCUCCUGUUUGUGAGGAGGAGCGUUGUGUGAUGACACAAAAGACAGCUGUGUAGCAGACUAUACCUCGUUGGGAGAAUUUUUAAUUUUUUCAAUGUAUAACCCAUAACAUAGUAGAUUCCCAUAAUAAAGUGAACUCUUAAGAAAUUCACUGAUUUUUUAGUUUUUUACGUUGUAGGUGUAUUCAGUCCUUACACUCAAUGCUGAAAAGCACAGAUGGUAUUCUUCAAGGAUCCUUUCCUUCAUUGUCCUCCGCAAACGAACAGAACAUUGUAGAAAUAGCUUCAUUAAACAACUCCUUGGCUGAAGAAACUUUAGAUCUUGCUCAGAAUGUUUUGCCAGCGUUGUCACUCUCAGAGACAUGA